AUGGAUCCCUCUACUCCCAUCCAUCGCCGCGGCGACGACGAAGACCCGCUUGAUGACCUCGCUGCUUUCCAUGCCCAAAUUGCACUGGCCGACCAAGCCAUCUUCGCCGAGCGAGCCCGCCAGCUUGCAGAAGAGGCUGAAGAUGACCUUGCGUCCGAAGUGGAGUUUGAGUACUUGGAAGAAGACGACUUUCCGCCGCUUGGUGAACCUGUUCCAAGUGAUGAGCAAGUCGAACUCUACUGGAGGCUCAAGAGAAUGCUGAACAUCUUUCCCACCGCCCCCAACGACGCUCGUGUUGUGAAGUCCACUGUCAAAGAAAUCAUCAUCCGACAGGUGACUCUCCCACGUCCUCGCUGGGCCGAAUUCCCACUGGAAGAACGCCACGUGGACCGUCUCAGAAUCUGUCUCGACAACUGCCACGCACUUCGCGGAACCACCCCCACUGGCGCAGACGAUUUGCGAGGCGGCUAUUUCUCCAACACCGGGCACUUUUACCACCAAAAGCCUGCGUAUGCUCACGAUCUCUUUGCUCACGGGUUCAAAGUUGGAGCUCAGCAGCAUACUUGUGGGUUCUCCCAGCAUUUCGGUGCGAAAAUGCGACAACUGUGCUCUUCCCCUGAAGAAGCGGCAUUUGUGAGCCAGCUCGGCAACAGCGAGUCUGCAUACUGCUUUGCGAGAGAUCCCUACAUCAAGGAUUAUCACCAACCGGAUGGUUUCUUCAGCCAUGACGUCUCAGUCAACUACGGUGUUUGUCUCGAGCUUGUCAACUCCCACAAGCGCGCUCGACUUGCAGACUUGGCCGACUUCUACCUCCACAAGAGUGUGCGUGAAACUCAAGUGCUCAUUGCUGUCGACUUCGACGAGGAUCAAUCCAAGAGAGUCGUCUUGUCGACUUGGAGACGCGACGGCGACGGACUCAAGAUGCAUGUUCAAGACAUUCGUGAUGAAGACGGCACCCUUGUUCCAGGCAAUCCCCUGCGAAUCCCCAUGCUCGACAUCGCGCCACCAGCCAUCGUCCCUCUCUCCAUGCGCAACAAGGCCAUAGUCUUCUCGGUCCAAGAACUCUGUCAAAUCAUGAAGGAUGCAGAAGACGGUGUGGCCAAAGUGAUUGAAGAAUCAGAACGCGUCCCUGAAAUCGUGCCCCCGCCUCCCUCCUCUCCAGGAGACCCUUCUAUUAUGAGGAACCUCAUGAUCCCGGACGAACGUGCACCAUUCUGA